UGACUGUGUUAGUUUACAUCUUGUAGUGGUAUCAUCAUUAAGCAUUCCUAUAUACCUAUACCAUUGGUGAUUUUAACGGUGGACUAGACAAGACAUUCUAAUACAUAGUUAAAUGUAUGUGUAAAUUUUGUUGUGUACAAACUUUAAAUUAUUUUUAAAUCAUAAUGAAGACCAUUAUCGCAGUUUGUACAAUAACUUACAUAGUUUUAUAUGUAAAUGCUGCACCAUCUGGUUCAGGUUCUGCUUCAGCUUCUGGAUCAAUUUCAGCAUCUUCCAGUGGAGGAGGUGCUUUUGGACUUCCGUUUUUGACAUUUGAAAAUGGUAAUUUCGGUGUGAACUUUGGUGGAUACAAAGCCUCUGCGGGGCUUGGUGGACUUUUGACUGGCAAUGCUGCACAUGGUGGAUUACAUGCAUCUGCCGAAACUCCGUUUGGACAAAAAGCUGGUGCUGGACUAGGAGGAGCAGUUAAUGGAGAUGGUAUCACAGGAGGUGGAUUGUAUGCAGGUGCAACAGCUGGUAAUGGUGUAGCAGCUGGUGCUGGCUUAGAUGGUGAAGUAUCUGGUUCUGGAACAAAAGGAUCAAAAAGAGCAUUUGCAACUACAGGCAUAAGUGGUUCUGCAACAAAAACAAUAACUGAAACAAGACCUGUAGCAGUUGCACCAAUUUACAAAGAAAUUGAAGUACGAUCCUCUGAAGUAGAACCAACUGUUAUUUACAAAACAAAAACAAAACUCCGUUCCAGAGUUCGUUCUCGCCCACACCACAGAAAAUAUUAUACUUAUAUUAGCGAAGAACCAGUUCAAUAUGUAGAAAAACGUGUUAAUGUUGUUCAACCGGUUAUCACCAAACAAAAGUAUGUUGAAAAGCAUUAUUCUGCCCCAAUUGUUGAAACACCGGCUGUUGUUGGUGGAGGAUCAUUUUCAGCAAGUGCUAGUAUUGCUGGAAGUGUAGGUGGAAGUGGUGGAGGAUAUGUAGAAAAGCAUUUCGCACCAUCCAAUGAAAAAGAAGUAGUUGUGGAAAGAAUUGUCAAACCGAACAGAGAACCAGAACCAAUUAGUGAAGAAAAGGAAGAAUUGCCACAACAAUAUCAACCAACUGCUGAUAUCGCAGGAUCAGCAUCAAACGCUUACAGUGGAAGUGGAACUGCUAAUAAUGUAGCUGCUGGUAGUGGUAGCAAAACAAUAUCAUCAAGUGCUGCUGUGUCAACCUCUAGUGGUGGCCAUGGUCAUGCAGGUAGCCUUGGAUAUUCAUCAACAUUUUCAAGCGGCGGUGGUGGACAAUUAAUUCGUGAUAUUUUUAAUAUUCCAAUUUCUACUUUGGAUGCUGUAAGUAAACUUGUGAGUAACGCCGUUAAAAAUACAUCAUUUUCAGUGAGUAAAUCGUUCAGCAGCUCGUAUGCGGGUUAAUUACAUGAAAUAAUGUUUCAUAUAGAUUAUGUA